AUUGCAUAUUGGCGCACCUAGGGAUCAUCAUAUGGCUGUUAUUUCCGACCUAAUUUCGAUUUCGGGUCAUUGUUUUGUUUCUUUUCUCAUCUUUCCUACCCCAUCUUCAACAUUGCAUUUGUGUGGCGGUCUGCUGUCAUUAUAUACGAGCCACGGGAGGGACCAAGCCUCUUUUACACCAUUAAUUCCGUUGUACAGAUGAUUUCUUUGCACUUGUCUGGGGAGGCAUGGGUGACACGGGCACAUUUGGGCAGGGGCUUUUUGUUGACUCUUGUUGGAUUGUUCCUCCGGGUGGACAUAGUACCAAAAGAGACGGGGAGGGCGGACCGCCUGCGUUUGAUGAUUUUGGAGCGGCCGAAAACAUUGCAAACUUGCAUCUUGGGAACAGCCAGUUUAGCUCUUCUUGAUACCAGAUACCACUUAUUCGCGGUCCUUCACCUGUAUGCUACUGUGAGAUGGUGAUGUUUCUAUUCUCUUUCCGUGUUUGGACUCU